AUUCGAAUUCCCCUUAUCUCCCUUGCAAGUGAGAUUUUCCAUGGAGCUCAAACCUUCCAACAUUAAUUACUUCAUUCCUCUACAUCUCAUUUUGCUUUGUUCUCGUUUUAAUUCCCAAUGUAAUCAUCAAUUUGGGAUUUUUAAUAUCGCAGAUAACAUUCUUGAGCAGCUGAGAAAUGGGUUCGCUCGGUUCGAGCUUGUUUCUUCCCCUACUGCUUCUGUUUCAGAUUCAAUAUCCUCCACUUCACUCCCUGCUUCGUUCUUGAGCGCAACUAAGGGCAACAGCAAUGUGUUCUUCGCCAGAAUCGGUUCCUCUCUGAAUCGGUCUCCUGCAGCAAAAAAAGUUGAGCAGUACGCUGUGGAUAGAGUGAAAGGGGAUGGUCGAUGUCUGUUUCGAGCAUUGGUGAAAGGGAUGGCCUUUAACAAAGGUGUUACUCUUAACCCCACAAGAGAGAGAGAUGAUGCAGAUGAGUUACGAAUGGCUGUGAAAGAGGUUAUAUGCAAUGAUCCCAAGGAAAGGGAGAAGUACAAAGAAGCAUUAGUGGCUAUCACUGUUGAUGAGUCUCUGAAACGCUAUUGCCAACGGAUUGGAAGACAUGAUUUUUGGGGAGGGGAGUCUGAGCUACUAGUUCUUUCCAAGCUAUGUAAACAGCCAAUCAUCGUCUACAUACCCGAGCACGAGCACGGUAGAGGAGGAGGAUAUGCGUCAGGUUUUAUACCGAUACAAGAGUAUGGAGCUGAGUUUCGAGGAGGCUGGGGAAAAGGAAAGACGAACAAGAAUGUUGUUAGGCUUCUUUACAGUGGUAGAAACCAUUAUGAUUUGCUUCGUUGAAUUUGUAUCAUUAUUUCUUACUUGAGAAUUCCGUUGACUUCAUAUGGUUUAUUGUUAUAACUUCUGAGAAAGAAAAAAAAUUGGAAUUUGUUGUACCCUUA